GCUCACGGCUCCGGAAACGCGCCGCGGGGCUGUUAGCUCGGCUGGGCACGGGCGGCUCCGUGGCGCUUCCUGCCACGCCAGGCCUGCCUGGGCCGCGCCAGCGCCGCUCCACCGAGGGCCGCGCGUCGGCCGCCGCCGGGCCUGGGUGGGGCCUUACCUGCCAGGCUGAUCCCUUGGAGUAGUUCUGAGGCAUGAUGAGUCAUCCGUGUGUGUCUCUUUUGGGUGUUCCUGUUUUGAAUCCUGCCUUGGUCCCUCACCUGGCACAAGGACAAGUGCUAUUGGUAUCAGACCCAUUGCCCAACACUGACCCCGCUAAGUACUCUGAAAGCACCUCCGCGACCCGACACCAGAUGAAGGGGGAAGACGCCCAGCCACAGGAGAUGGCAUCCACAAGCUCCCCAAGGGCCAGUGGUCCCAGUCCUGAAUUCAGACAGCACGGGGACUCUGACGGGAAGAGAGGGAGCCCACAGAAUCUGCCCAUAGAACAUCAUUUUGCUUGUAAAGAGUGUGGGGACACCUUUCGGCUUAAAGUCCUGCUUGUCCAGCACCAGAGAGUCCACAGUGAGGAGAAGGGCUGGGAAUGUGGCGACUGUGGGAAGGUCUUUAGGGGGGUGGCGGAGUUUAAUGAGCACAGGAAAAGCCACGUAGCUGCGGAGCCCCGGCCCGGCCCCAGUAGGGCCCUGGAGAACGCCGCAGAGAAGAGGGAGCAGAUGGAGAGGGAGGCGAAGCCCUUCGAGUGCGAGGAGUGCGGAAAACGGUUUAAGAAGAAUGCAGGCCUGAGUCAGCAUCUGAGGGUCCACAGCAGAGAGAAGCCCUUUGAUUGCGAGGAGUGCGGGCGGUCCUUCAAAGUCAACACCCACCUCUUCCGACAUCAGAAACUUCACACUUCGGAAAAGCCUUUCGCCUGCAAGGCGUGCAGCAGGGAUUUCCUGGAUCGCCAGGAGCUUCUCAAGCACCAGCGCAUGCACACUGGCCACCUGCCCUUCGACUGCGACGACUGCGGCAAGUCCUUCCGAGGGGUCAACGGGCUGGCCGAGCACCAGCGCAUCCACAGUGGGGCCAAGCCAUAUGGGUGUCCCCACUGCGGCAAGCUCUUCCGAAGGAGCUCGGAGCUUACCAAGCACCGGCGGAUCCACACGGGCGAGAAGCCCUACGCCUGCGGCCAAUGCGGCAAGGCCUUCCGCCAGAGCUCCAGCCUCCUGGAGCACGCACGCAUCCACAGUGGCGAGCGGCCCUACGCGUGCGGCGAGUGCGGCAAGGCCUUCCGCGGGCCCUCUGACCUCAUCAAGCACCGGCGCAUCCACAGCGGACUGAAACCCUAUGAGUGCGACAAAUGCGGCAAGGCCUUCCGCCGGAGCUCCGGCCUCAGUCGCCACCGGCGGAUCCACAGCGGGGCGCGGCGCUGCGAAUGCAGCCAGUGUGGCCGCGUGUUCAAGAGGCGCUCCGCACUGCAGAAGCAUCAGCCAACCCACCACGAGUAGAAACGCCCCGUGGUCCCGCGGGACAGGGACGGAGUCCCCAGAGGGGAUGGCAGAGUCAAAGGAGAUGAACAGUUUUGUAGCGCUUAUAUAUUUUGUCUUCCAAAAGGUUGAGACCGAUUUAUACUGCCACCAGCAAUUUAUAAGUGUUACGUUAUGCCCAUCAAGAGUAGCUUGUACCAUUUAACUUAGUUUGGCUAGUUUAACUGGUAGGAAGUACCAUCAAGGUAUUUCAGUCCACAUGCCUUGAAUCCAAGAAUGAGAGAGGACAAAUCUGGAUGUGGGGUAGGGAGGGGCUUAGAGGUCAUCAACUCCAAGCUCCCCCCGCCCCAGAGAAACACACAGAGCUAUUCCACGAUGGCGUCCUUAUAAUGUGAUCCCAGCUUUCCUGAAGAGAACGUUGCCCUCAUGAUUUUUGGCCUACUUGAAUUUAUAAAUUUUUAGGGAUGUAAAUAGAACACUCAAAUGUCUUAAAAUAUUUAAUUUAUUAAUUUAGUUAUACAUACAUACUGUAAAUCACAUAUUAUAUAAAAUAAUAUAUUAAUUUAGAAAAUACCCCGUUUUUGCCACCCUCCCUUUCACGAAAUCAUUUUACUCUGACUCCUCACCGUCUUCACCAACAUGGGAACCCUGUUUGAGUCAUCAGACAGUUUCAAGACACACCCAGUCACUUCCAUCCGAGCUCUGCACGGUAGCUCAGUGACGAUCCCUUCAUGAGGCUCUCAUUAGAAAUUUUCUCCCAAGCCAGAAGACCAUAUUUGCAGAACAUUAGGACGAUUUCUCUUGUCGUUUUUUAAUCUGUCCUGUGACUCUACAACAUAACCACUUGAGGUCAUACUUUUUCAAACAACCUUUAAACGUCUUUUCUUUUAAAGCACCCAAAAUGUCAUUGUGAGGCCAAACGCCUAGUAACAGUUACUGAAUCUGGAUUAAAUGUAUCUUUUUUUCUUAAACCAUUUCAAUUUGGUGUCCCCAUACAUAUCCAAAACUAGCAUCGAUUGAGGUUGUUUUGAACUAAUGGGUCUUGUCCUCAAGCAGCACUAUUUAGUUCAAAAUAAAAUAGUUGAGAGCAUGCCCCUAAGAAGAGAUACAUCUCAAGGACUCAAGUGCAGGGUGACGCCUCCUUUUGGAAACGAGCCUCUCCUGGUAUCAGGCCUAGAUGGUACUUCUCCAGCCUUCCAUUUCUUGCUCUAUAAAAUGGGGGUGAUCACAGCACCUACCUCUGAAGGUUAUCACGAGGACUGCCAUCGUGCCUGCAGAGUGCCAGGACCACCAACCUGGCACGGAGGUACACACUCAGUGAAGGCCAUCUGCUGUCAUUGUCAUUGUCAUAGUUAUUGCCGUCAUUCUGUGGCUUGUCAAUUCCAGAACUGGGGAUAGACCCCAGGCCUCCUGACCACCAGUCUCAUCUUUCUCUUAUGCGAUGACUUAAAUGCUGUUUCUGUUUUUUGCAUGCAAAUUGUCUGUUCAUCUCCUUUGACUAGUUAUCAACUUACCUUCGGAUAUAUUAACUUUACGUAGCAGUUCUUUCUAUAUUGAUGGUGAUGUUCUCUUGUCCAAUUUUAUUGCUUUGCUCUUUGUAGCAGUUUUAUUAUGUUUUUGUUGUAAAAGCUUUUAAUUUUUACAUAUCCAAGCAUUCAUUUUUUGUCUACUCAGUCAUAACUUUCAUUGCGUCUGUAGCUAGAUAUGAUGACAUUUUCUCUAGAAUUUUAAUUACAAACAAAAAGCUGCAACCCCUGCCCAUCAGCAGGUGAGUACACCAGAUGGGCAGGCUGGAUGGAAAUGGGCCAGAGAAGCAGGCUCUUUCUUCAUCCGAGAUGCAGACUCCGUGUCUAUCUGUGGGCACCACUUGACUAUCCAACCUGGCCACUGCGGCACACUGGAGAUGCUCCCAUCAUAGAUUAGCCAGAACUCUGUGACUGCUCAUCAAUAUAGACCCCGCCAGCAGCAGCAGGGCUUGGCCUCACCUAGAUCAAUGGAGCGAUCCAAACUUGGUCUGGGAGCAAGCAGCCCAGCCAUCCUUUGAGCUCCUGGGAGCCUUGGCAAUGCUCGGAGUGGAUUCAGUGACUGAGCAGCAGAUUCACCCAAGAAACAUCUCCUUGGACACAAGAAGACUCGCCUAGACCACAUCCUCCUUUCAGCCGGUGACUCUAGAACUAGAAAGAGAUUGGUUCAUAGGCUUCUGCUGUGGGCAGCUAGGAGAAAAUUCACCCAUGUGUUCUGGCAUCACUUCCUAUAGCCACACCUAAGCGAGGGCAACAGAGCAGAGGCUCGGAGAGGAACCCUGCCCCUCUGAUGGCUUGCGCGUUAUGCUGAUAGAAGCUGGCAGCACUGCCCUGGGCUAUGACUUGCAACAGCCAUGCCCAGGAGGAGCACUAAAGCAAAGGUUUGGAGGGCAGUGGAACCCUUCUGAAAGCCUGUGUGGCAUAGAAGUAGAAGCUGGUCCUCCUGGGUGUCAGCUACCAUUUCCAGCGGGCUCCCCCAAGAGGAACAGCAGCAAGGGCUAGCGAGGAACCUGCCCCUCCAGUGGCCCACAGAAGCCACAGAUAGAAGCCAGCCCCACCAGGGCUGUGCUGUGACUUCCCAGCAGCUGUGGCUGGGGACAGGGACACUAAGAGGGCCUGGCAAGGAAGUGUGCCCUUCUCGUGGGCCCACCAAGGCUGAGGCAGAGCUUCCUAGCAGACACAACUUGGAAGGGCUUCUGAGGCCCCCAACCUGGGAAGCAAGGUCCUACAAUGACCCCUGUGACCUUGGCCAGAAGGUCCUCUCAAAUGGACCCAGGCCACCACAGUGGCACUAUGCGACAUCUCCACCCUGACCCCCAGGCUGGAGAGGAGCCAAAAGCACUUGUUACAUAGUGAUUCCUUUUGCCCUGUGGGCCUCAGUUCUUGCAGUAGUUGUGAAUCUGUGUCUGAAAUCACUACUUUCUUCUCUGAUCCGUUUUCUCUUUUCGAGUUGUUAGGAUGUGUUUUGUACAGCUGUCAUUUGAUAAGGUUGACCUCUACCAGGGGCAAGUCUGGCACCUUUACCUAGAAGUACUCUGCCAUGUCUUGCCCGUUCAUUCAUCGUUUGUUGGGUUUCAUGAGGGAUCCCAUUGAAGUAGAUCCCUUUUAUGAAGGGAUCCUAUUGAAUGCAGCAUUAACUUAGAACGUAGCAUAAAGUUGUCACUGCUCCCAGCUGGGAUGUGGUGUCUUGGCAUCCCUUCCUGCCGUCCUUGAGUCUUUCCCAUCUUCAGUUCUAUAAUUUUCUCUCAAACAAAUGCUCUUUUAGAGUUAACACUAAAGAUCUGGUCUUUGCCAUCAAGGUUGACAGAACAGCUGUUCAUGGUGUUUGCAGUGAAACCUGUGUUCUCUUUCAAUGCAGUCUGUGGCUUUAACGUGUGUCCUGUAAUUUCGCCAAGUUCAUUUCUCGCCUCUGGUAACUUGGGGGUGGAUUUCCUUGGACUCUCUAGGUGUACUGCUAUGUCAGAUGCAAAAUGUCACCCAGCUUCCUGUCACAUAUCCUUGUCUGUGCAUUCACGCAUCUACCUCAUUCCGGUUUUCUUUCUAAUCUCAUGUAUUCCUAUUGCGAGGGAAUGUGUUCUUUUCCCGAUCCUUUUGUAGUUCAUACACGUGACAAUUGGGUUUCCACGCACGUGCGUGAGAUGUGCCUCCUUCAAACCUUGUUACUAUGUCGGCACAUUACCCGCCUGGCAUGGAAAAAGAAAAAAAAAAAUGUGUUAUUUUCCUACCAUUUGAAAAAAGAAAUCCUCCAUUGCUUUUAUUUGAGUUUUGAAUACUUGUGAAAAUUUUCAAAAGAAAGUAAUUGUUUACCAUUUUUGCUGCUUAUUACAAUGAGCUGUGUCCAUUAGCUGUGUCACCCCACUCUUGCAUUUCCAGAAUAGUCCCUACCCGAUUGCAGCGGGCAUGUUUCUCGAGUGGUAUUGCAUUCCAUGUGCUUGAUUUUGUGCUAGAACUGGCACAGCGCCUGCCCUACCUGCAGCCCUGGGUUGUGGCCUAGUUGUGUACCAUGUGAUUUGCCACCCCCCUUCUAGGCCCUAUUAAUUCAGCCAGAACUGAACACCUGACCCAAGGGCAGCAAGCAAUCAUCAGAGCAUAGAGCUGGCAGAACACGAUGGACCACGGACACCACCAGGCCUUCCAGAUCUGAAAUGCAAACAAGGAAACAGAAGCUUCUAGGCAUCAGAAGGUGUGGGGAGCAGCACAGUACUCAGAGGAGUGAGGAGCUUGGCGCCUGCUGGGAGGAAGGCCUGGCCAUGGUAUGUUCUUGGAUUUCUGGCAGCAGCCCUCACUGGUCCACGUGCGUCCCCACUACAGACUCCUUGACUUGAGCCAGCUUGAGUGGGUCUCUACUCUUUUCUAUUGUUUUGCCACUUGGCUGCUUCCUGGCCAAGUUGCACCUGACUGCGUGAAUACCUGUUCAAACGUGUGUUCUCUGUUCUCUAAGAUGGGUGAAAGUUGAUGCCUUCUAGUCUCAGUGAAUUUAACCUGUGAUUUUAUGUCUAGGUAUAUUGUUCCUUUACGGAACCCACCACGUGCGGGCCAUAAAAUGAGUGAAGUCACAGUGCACCCUGUUCUCUUAUUUUUGAAGUGUUUCACGAUUUCCAGCAUGUCCAUCAGAUGGGGGGAUUGCUAACUUCUCUCUUACUCAUGUACUUACAUUCUGUAGUUCUCAUUGCAUCACUUUGGAUGUUUACUUUGAAAAGCAGAAACUGUCUCUUUAAACUUGGCCCUCAAUGUCAUUUGCGUAUCUCUGAGAACAAUAGCUAUGUCCCACCCCAGUCUGUAUUUCCGUUGGUUGUUGGCACUUUUUUCUCAUUCCCCCCAUCUCAUUACCUUGUCUGUUUUCUGGCACUCACUAUAAUCAGUCUUGCACUAGAGCUGUUUGUGGACUUGGCUUCACCCCCUCCUCCUCAGCCCUCACCCACCCAUUAAAUUGUGAGCUCUUAGAAGACAGGGGUGGCCUUUCGUGUCUGAUCCCCUACCAAAUCUAGCACAGUGCCUUGCAUCAAGUAGAUUUCAAUAAAUAUAUGUUAAAUGGCA